CCUACUCCCCCCAGAAACACUAUGCCUCCUCUCCCUGGCCUCCCUGGCCUCCCUCAGCACCCCCGGAUCAACCAUCGUCGAAACGACCCUCUCCCCCUCCCUCCGUCUCUUCUCGCGCUUCUCCUUCCUCUCAUACCCAUCGUAGUACUCCUCGCCGGUGCGCCUUCUACUACCACCGCGGCUCCUACUCCUGCUCUUCUCGCGCUCCCUUGCCAACGUCGCCUCGUCGAAGCGGACCUGCUGCUGCGGCGGCGGCGGCGGCGCGGAGUUGGAGAACGUCGCGAACGGCGCCCACGAGUAGGACCUCUUCUUGCGCUUGCGCUCGGGCUCGGGCGGGGGCGCCACAGAGGGGUAAGGGUAGCUCGGGAUCACGAUGCUCGGCCCUGAGGACCGCCGAGAGCUCUUCGGCAACGGCGGGUACGUGCUGCGGAACAUGGCGAUUGUGAAUAUUGGUCUGUUGUGCGGAUGCGGUGUAUACGCUGUAUGUGUAUGUGUAUGUGUUUGCUCUGGUUGGUUUGCUUGGUCUGGUUGGUCUUGGAUUAUAUCGCGGCGGAUGGGAAGGAGGACGUGCAUUCUUGUCCCUUUUUACUCUGUGACGAGACGUGAUGAGUGAGGGCAGGGCGAGGGGCACUGGCGCGGUAAGGGGGCGGUGAGGGGGAGGACGUCAUCGUGUCCGAGACGGCGGUUUAUAGAAACACCC